AUGAAUUUUCGAUUCGCUGAUAUUCACAAUCUUGCGUUGGAAUAUUUGGCAGCUGUAGAUGAAUUCUUAGCAACAAGAUAUUUCAAACAUAUCAAACAGCAUGAAGAUACGUUCAAAGACGCCGAUAAAUAUGUUCAGGAUGUGAUUGAGCCAAAACUGGAUGAUGCCGAUGAUGAUGAUGAAACCUCCGAUGAUGAUAAUCAAGUCUCCGAUGAUAAUGAAACCUCGAGUGAUGAUGAUGAUAAUGUCAAUAGUGACGUGUAG